UGGGUCACUCUGGACCUUGCUACUUCCUGCUCCUGGCAGCUACAGCUCAGAGACUAUGGAGCUGUGGAGGCAGCUGAGGCAGGCUGGGCUGCUGUCCCAAGAGCUGGGCUCACUCCCCCGGGCCUUGACGAGUGUCCCCACAUCAGGUAGAGCUGUCCAGAUGUUUCCACAGGAAAACACUGAAGGUGCCAGGGAGAGUCUGCUGUGGAUCUGGGAGGAGCUGGGGAACCUCCGCAGAGUGGAUGUCCAGCUGUUGGGCCAGCUGUGUACCCUGGGGCUGGAAAUGGGGGUGCUUCGGGAGGAGCUGGUUGCCUUCCUGGAAGAGGAAGAUGAGGAGACCCUUGAGGAAGAGGAGGAGGAAGAGCCUGAGGGGAUACAAGAGGAAGGACCGAUGGGAGUCUCCUGCCCAGCCCCAGGCUACCGCCUUCCUGACUUUGAGAUGACUAUCUGA